AUGAAGAAAACAUGCUGGAUUUGUAUUUGUGGAAUGAUCAUUGCAGCUUUACUCCCUGUUAGUUGGCAAAUGAUCCUGAAGGAUUCAACAGAUGAGUCUAGAUGGCAGCAGUCUUACAACAUGAAAAGCGCCCACAGCUUUACUUCUGACAUCAAACGCCAUUCUGAAGGGACCUUUACCAGUGAUUUUACUGAACAUUUGGACAACAUGAAGGCCAGAGAUUUCGUGCAUUGGCUCAUCAAUGCCAAACGUUACAGCUCUACAAAGCGGUUCAUUAAAGAAAAACCCAUCUUCUUAGGCUAUCCACCUGGCUCUUUCUGGCUGAGGUACAAUUGAAAGGAUAAUAUAGGAAUUGGACAUUCCCACCUGCAGCAUUUAAACACAUCCAGCAAUGAGAACUUUUGCUGAUACUUUGAUGAUCUUCUUUUUCUGUUGUUUCCAACCCAGUGAAUUACAGACCCUCCUUUUCCUUGUUCGUUAAUGUAUCUACAGUAAAUGUCAUAUUAAACAUGUUUUAUUUCA